GCGCCUCACCACGCUGCUGCCUAGGCCAGGCUGGGCACUGCUGGGAGGACAGGGCGGGGGUCUGUCCGGGCUGGACUCGGGAAGGAGGGGGCCGAGCUUAGCCCACAAGCUGUAGAGGCAGCUCGUAGCAGCGCACCAAGCCCGCUUCAGUGCACGCUCCGGUAGCUCCCCGCUCGGCCACAGAGGCCCGCGCGCCUAGCUGUGCGCCGUGGCCGACUCCGCGUUCGCUGGCUAGCACGCCCCUCGCCGCUCCGCGCCUGGCUCACCCGCAGGGGCUGAGCGCGGGCGGGCGGGGGAGGUGAGGGGUACUGGUGUGCGUGCAUGUGCCUGGCUGGGUGUACACCCCGCGCGGCGGCGGCAGCGCCAAGACGUGGAGCGCUUUCCAGAGCCCGGCUGCCUUUCUCGGCUCUGGCGCCCGCGACCAUGUUCCAGCCUACAGCCAAGCGCGGCUUUACCAUCGAGUCCUUGGUGGCCAAGGACGGCGGCACUAGCGGGGGCACUGGCGGCGGGGGUGCGAGCUCCCAUCCCUUGGCUGCGGCCGCCUCGGAGGAGCCGCUCCGGCCCACGGCACUCAACUACCCUCAUCCCAGCGCGGCCGAGGCGGCUUUCGUGAGUGGUUUCCCCGCUGCUGCCGCGGGCGCUGGCCGCUCGCUCUAUGGAGGGCCCGAGCUGGUGUUCCCAGAGGCCAUGAACCAUCCCGCGCUGACCGUGCAUCCUGCGCACCAGCUGGGAGCCUCCCCGCUGCAACCCCCGCACUCCUUCUUCAGCGCCCAGCACCGGGACCCUCUGCACUUCUACCCCUGGGUCCUGCGGAACCGCUUCUUCGGCCACCGCUUCCAGGCAGCGAGCGACGUGCCCCAGGAUGGGCUGCUUCUGCACGGCCCCUUCGCGCGCAAGCCCAAGAGGAUCCGCACGGCCUUCUCUCCCUCGCAGCUGCUGCGCCUGGAGCGCGCCUUUGAGAAGAACCACUACGUGGUGGGCGCCGAGCGGAAGCAGCUGGCCGGCAGCCUCAGCCUCUCGGAGACGCAGGUGAAGGUGUGGUUCCAGAACCGGAGGACAAAGUACAAGCGGCAGAAGCUGGAGGAAGAGGGGCCCGAAUCCGAGCAGAAGAAGAAGGGCUCUCACCACAUCAACCGGUGGCGCAUCGCCACCAAGCAGGCCAAUGGGGAGGACAUCGAUGUCACCUCCAAUGACUAGGGUGGGCAGCCACGAACCCGUGAGGGCAGAGUGCUGCUCGCUGCUGGCCAGGCCCCCGGAUGGGCCCAGCUGGACUCUGGCCACUCUGCGGCCGGGCUGCGGGAGGCUCCAGUCACAGCCCCACAGGGCACGGAGCCUGGGGCUACCACCGGCAGAGGGACAAGAAAUGGGCUGGCUGAGGCCUAGGACUGCUCGACCUUCUCCUCGGAGAACUGCCUGCCUGCCUGCCUGCCUGGGCGGGCCGACAGCCGUCGCUGCCUCCCGACCGUUCUCCAUUUCUCUUUUUGUUUUGAUGCAUUUCUGUUUUAAUUUAUUUUCCAGGCACCCACUGUAGUUCUUAGUGAUUCCCUGUGUUUCCCUUCCCAGUGGGAACAAUAAAAGUCUCUUAAUGACAUGGGCAUCUAGCUCCAACCCAGAGCCUGUGAGCCUGGGGUGGUGGGUUUUCAUUCCUCGGGCCAGUGGGGACUGGCAGAGCAAGCUUGCUCAGGACCUGGGACCUGGCGUGGGGCCUUGGAGAUUCAGUUUAUUAACUCCUUUCCUUUGUGGUUCAUCGACCUGGCCUCUAACUCUACCUCCACGAAAGAAGCCGAGGCCAGACAGGGAAGAGCCACCCUGUGUAUGAGGAAGGCCACGGCCAGGUCUUUUCAAACAUGUUGAGCCAUGAGAAUCAGACCUAGGUGGCUCAGGGGAGAUGAAGUGUGCGCACUGCCCCACGCCAAGGGACUCUGGUGGCUUCUCCAGCGGAGGGGGAGCCAGAGGAAAAGGGGAGUACUGGGUGCUGGUGGAGGGGACACCCUUCACAGGGGCUGACAUGCGCACCUGUCCUUGGAGGAGCCCCCUGUGCAGAUUAAAGCUGCAGAGACAGGGCGUGAGUGUGAGCCUGCAACCAGUGCCCGGGCCUCCAGCUGGGAAAGGGCUUCAAGGCCGGCUCCACCGAGCCCUUUAGUUCGCCUGCCCUUCGCUUCGCCCAUGUGUCUUACCCGCUUGUCACACACCAAGGUUUCCUUCAUCCUAAUAAAGUAAAACCUGUGUUCCUAACAACCUCUCCCUGAUGAAACCCAGACCUGCUUCUGCUUCUUCACUUCCCGAGCGGCCCCCCACUUUCUCCUGACGCCGACGACAGUCUGCUACCCCGUGUGGCCAAGCUCAGCUGCCUCUCACCUGGCCUCGUCUGCACCCUGAUCUUCCGGUCAUUGCCCUCUGACUCCCCCAGCCCUCUCUGCUUUCAUCUGGGUCCCUCUGACCCCUCAUUCCUUUGCCUGUCCGAGUCCUUCCAGGCACGGAUUCUACCUGAGCUGUGCCUUUACUUACCCUGUUGUUGAUGCCUGGAACAUGCUGGGCGCUCAGUCAAUGGAGGUCUUUAGAAAGGUGUUCAAGGCCCAGCCUUGUUGCCUGGGGCCACCUAGGGA